AUGGGUCACGAAGACGCCGUGUAUCUGGCCAAGCUCGCCGAGCAGGCUGAACGCUACGAGGAGAUGGUGGACAACAUGAAGAUUGUCGCCUCCGAGGACCGCGAUCUGACUGUCGAGGAGCGAAACCUGCUCUCUGUUGCCUACAAGAACGUCAUCGGUGCCCGUCGUGCGUCCUGGAGAAUCGUGACCUCCAUCGAGCAGAAGGAGGAGUCGAAGGGCAACUCCACUCAGGUCGGACUGAUCAAGGAGUACCGCCAGAAGAUCGAGGGUGAGCUGGCUAAGAUCUGCGAGGACAUCCUCAGCGUCCUAGACAAGCACCUGAUCCCCUCGGCCAAGAGCGGCGAGUCCAAGGUCUUCUAUCACAAGAUGAAGGGUGACUACCACCGAUACCUCGCUGAGUUCGCUGUUGGCGACAAGCGCAAGGAUUCCGCAGACAAGUCUCUUGAGGCUUACAAGGCUGCCACCGAGGUUGCCCAGACCGAGCUGCCUCCUACUCACCCAAUCCGCCUGGGUCUCGCUCUCAACUUCUCUGUCUUCUACUACGAGAUCUUGAACGCCCCUGACCAGGCUUGCCACCUCGCCAAGCAAGCCUUUGAUGAUGCCAUUGCUGAGCUUGAUACCCUGAGCGAGGAGAGCUACAAGGACUCCACCCUCAUCAUGCAACUGCUCCGCGACAACCUGACCCUCUGGACCUCUUCUGAGGCCGAGGCACCCGCCGCGUCGGGUCAGGCUGAUGCUCCGGCGGCGGAGGAGAAGACUGAGGAGGCUGCGGAGGCACCCAAGCCUACCGAGUAA